AUGGAUGAGGCAGCAGUGGAGCCGACCCUCGUGCAAUCGCUUGCUGUAAGCUCUGUUAAAGGUGGCCGAUAUCUCUCUCACUCUCACUCUUUCCAGCACUGUUCACUCGCCUCCUGGAUUAAAGACAACAUCAGGAAGAAAGAGUGCUGCUUUUAUGUGGAGGAUGCCAGGGAGGGGAUUUGUAAGUGUGGGUACCCAAAGAGCCUGCACUGCGAAGAGGCCAUCAAACCAGAGGACUGUCAGGGAGAAGAGUGGGACAAACACAAACAUGUCAGAGAGACACCCACUGAUGCAUUUGGAGAUAUCAGUUUCGGGGGCCUCGGACAGAAAAUAGGGAAGUAUGUUCGUGUGUCGUCAGACACCCCGUCUGACAGUCUGUACCAGCUGAUGACAGAUCAGUGGAAACUUCCUCCUCCAAACCUGCUGAUAUCAGUGACCGGUGGAGCCAAGAACUUCCACAUGAAGACUCACCUGAAGGACAAGUUCCGCCGCGGCCUCAUCAAAGUCGCUCAGACCACAGGUGCUUGGAUCUUAACCGGGGGUACACACACGGGUGUGAUGAAGCAUGUGGGAAUGGCCGUGCGAGAUUACACACUCAGCAGCAGCUCAAUGGAGAGACAGAUCGUAGUUGUCGGCGUGGCAACCUGGGGUGUCAUCCACAACCGUCACUCACUCAUCGAUCCUAACGGUCGUUUUCCUGCAUACUACUUUCUGGAUGAGCAGGGUCAGGGGCGCCUCUCCUGUCUCGAUAUCAAUCAUUCUCACUUCCUGCUGGUGGAUGACGGCACUCAGGGACAGUAUGGAGCUGAGAUUGAGCUGCGAGCCCGACUGGAGAAACUCAUUUCUCAGCAACUGCUGGGGAACAAAGAGAGUGGAGUGACGAUACCAGUGGUGUGUGUGGUGCUGGAGGGCGGACCAGGAACGCUAAACACGAUCUACAGUUCCAUGCUGAACAACACGCCAUGCGUGGUACUAGAGGGGUCAGGCCGUCUCGCCGACAUCCUCGCUCAGGUGGCAACCCUGCCUGUGUCAAAGGUCACUAUGGUGCUUAUCGGCCAGCUCAUGAAGAGGUUUUUUGGCCAAGAGUACAAAAGCUUUUCUGAGGUGCAGAUCAUUGAGUGGACCAAGAAGAUUCAGGAUAUAAUCCGGAUGCCACACUUGCUUACUGUGUUUCGUAUCGACGAGGAAAAAAACUGUGACGUUGAUGUUGCCAUUCUACAGGCACUGUUGAAAGCCUCCAGGAGUGAUGAGCGUGGCAGUCGACAGUCCUGGGAGAGACAACUGGAGCUCGCCGUGGCCUGGAACCGAGUCGACAUCGCAGAGAGCGAGAUAUUCAACGAGGAGAGCCAAUGGACGUCCAGUGAUCUGCACCCUGCUAUGUUUUCUGCGCUGGUGGGUGACAAGCCUGAGUUUGUGCGCCUCUUACUGGAGAAUGGAGUAUGUGUGCGACAGUUUCUUGAACAUGAGGACACACUGUGUGAACUGUACGCCCAUCUGCCCGCCUGCUUCUUCCUGCGAAAACUCGUCAAACGUGUCCAGGGUGGCAAAAAUCGCAGGGGUCAACCGAUGCCCCCUGGCAGAAGAAAGAUUUCACUGAGUCACGUGUCGGAAGAGGUUCAACACUUGCUGGGAAGCUUCACUCAACCGUUAUAUGUCCCUUCAGGGCAGAAGACAGCCGGAGAUGGUGUUGCAUUAAUGCUGCCAUCCAAAGGGCUGGUUGAGCUGCCCUGUUCUGGAGAGGAGUGGUCUGCGAACACAGUUUUGGACCCAGGGCGAGAUCUCUUCCUCUGGGCCAUUGUACAGAAUAACAGGGAACUAGCAGAAAUUGGCUGGGAACAGUGCAGAGAUUGUAUCGCGGCCGCUCUGGCAGCCAGUAAGAUCUUGAGGAAGUUGGCACAGGAGAGUGGAGAAGAUGAUACUGAAGAGGCAAAGGACAUGAGAGAACUCGCCAACCACUACGAGAAACAAGCCAUCGGUGUGUUUAGUGAGUGUCACAGUUGGGACUCGCAACGAGCUCAAAAACUGCUCAUCCGCAUCUCGCCGUCAUGGGGCAGAACCACGUGUCUCUGGCUUGCUCUCGAGGCUGACGAUAAAAGCUUCAUCGCUCACUCAGGAGUUCAGGCUCUGCUCACAAAGAUCUGGUAUGGAGAGUUAUCAGUGGAUAAUCCGCACUGGAAGGUGUUGCUCAGUAUGAUCUUCUUUCCUCUCAUAUACACCGGCUUCCUGUCCUUCAGACGUGAUGAAGACAUCCAGAAACAGAACGAGAGGACGGAGCAGUUGAAACUAGCGAUGGAUUCAUUCUCUGCAGGAAACACAGAUGCCAAACUCAAACGACACUUUCGUGGCCCAUCACAGAACUCUGAACUGGAGCCACUGAACUGUUCAUCUCGUUUGAUGAGUCUCUUCAUGUCUCCUCAAGUGAAGUUCUACUGGAAUAUUGCCUCUUAUUUUGGUUUCCUGUGGCUCUUCGCUGUGGUGCUUAUGAUUGAUUUUCAGCCAUCUCCAUCAUGGAGAGAACUUCUGCUGUAUGUGUGGCUCACCUCACUGGUGUGUGAGGAGGUCAGACAGCUUUAUCAUGACUUUGAUGGAUCUGGUUUUCGAAGGAAAGCAAAAAUGUAUAUUAAAGAUCUGUGGAACAUUUUGGAUGUGCUGUCAAUACUGCUGUUCAUCACUGGUCUGGUCUGCAGACUUCAGGCCUCCGAUACUGUGUUAUAUGUGGGUAAAGUUAUACUGUGCAUCGAUUUCAUCAUCUUCUGCUUGCGAUUAAUGGCCAUCUUCACUAUCAGCCGAACCCUGGGCCCAAAAAUAAUCAUUGUCAGGAGGAUGAUGAUGGAUUUAUUCUUCUUCAUGUUUCUGCUCAGUAUCUGGGUGGUCGCGUAUGGUGUGGCCAAACAGGGCAUUUUGAUUCAGAAUGAAGAGAGACUGAAUUGGAUCAUUCGCGGAGCAGUCUAUGAACCGUACCUCAUCAUAUUUGGCAACGUCCCCACUAAUAUAGACAACACUCAGUUCGAUAUGGGCAGUUGUAGUGUGAACGGCUCUGAUCCUCUGAAACCCAAAUGCCCCGUACUGAAUGCUGAUAACAUGCCAGCCUUCCCUGAAUGGCUCACUAUCAUCAUGCUGUGUGUUUAUCUUCUGUUUGCCAAUAUUCUGCUGCUCAACCUCCUCAUCGCCAUCUUUAACUACACAUUUCAGGAAGUUCAAGACAACACAGACACCAUCUGGAAGUUCCAGCGGUACGAGCUGAUCAAAGAAUAUCACAGCCGACCUGCUCUUCCUCCUCCCUUCAUCCUCCUCAGUCACAUCAUCCUCUUCAUUAGAGGAGUUCUGCUGCGACACUCUCCACAGAGACACAAACACUUCAGGCAGGAACUCGAGCAGACUGAGGAAGAGGAGCUGUUGUCGUGGGAGGCCUUCAUGAAGGACAACUAUCUGGCAUCUUCUCGACAGGACGAGAGUCAGAGUGUGGAGCAUCGAAUCCAGGACACAGCAGAGAAGGUUGGAGCGAUGUCAGAACUUCUGGAGCGGGAACAAGAGAUGGUUUCUGCCACCAUGGUGAGACGACUCAGCAAGCUUGAAGAGCAGGUCUCGGAGUCCACCAAAGCUUUGCGCUGGAUUAUAGAUGCUCUGAAAUCUCAGGGAUGCAAAUCAAAAAAGGAGCUUCCUCUAAUGAGAUGUAAAAGCUCAGACAGGGAGGAUGGUGAUUCUAGUGGACAGGAGACAGAGGAAGACGUGCUCCCUCACAAGUAUGCUCGUCAGCUGCAGUAUCCCGGCAGUACUGUCAAACGCUUCCCUGUGCCGGAAGAGAAAGUACCAUGGGAGGCUAACUUCUUUCCGUACCUUCCCCCAGUUUACAAUCAACAGGGAGGCAGCAUUUCAGACUUCUCUGUCUUAGACAAAUACAGGAAUCCAGGAGGACGGACCGGGAUACGUGGGAAAGGCGCUCUUAAAUAUCUUGGUCCAAAUCAUAUUCUCCACCCAGUCCUCACGAGAUGGCAUGACUCUGAACGGACUUUUCUGGAGUUUCUGGCCGUAUGGGAGGAUGGAGAGGAGUGCUGGGCUCUUCCUGGGAGUUCAGUCAAACCUGAUGACCCUUUACCACAGACUCUGCAGAGGAUUCUUGGUAAAAAUAUGUAUGAAAGGAUCAAAUCUGAACUGGAGGCUGCUGAACAGGUCUAUAAGGGUUAUGUAGAUGACAGCAAGAACACAGAUAAUGCCUGGGUGGAGACGACUGUCAUCACAGUUCACUUUGACAAACACGGUCAACUGAUGUCAGAUAUAAACCGCAUUGUUGAAAGCACGCUGUCAUCUCCUCAAUCAUUUCAGUGGCGAGAAGUUAGCAGCAAAAUAUGUGUGUGCCCCUACCAACAAGAGGCUCUGCGUCUCAUAGCGAAGCGUCUCAACACACACUUUUGACCCUCAGGAAACACACUCACACACACACACACACACAGACUACACCAAAAACUAUGGGAAUAUUGUCCGGGGCCCUAUAAAGAGUCUGGGGCCCUAUGAAGAGAGCCCCCCCCCCUUAAAGUCCUCUUUGGGAUAGUUUACUCAUUAAACCCAGAGGAAUGGUCAUCAACCCAUAACAGUUUAGUCCCGGGCUUGAGAAUUUUAGCAAGAGCCCUGCCUAAAAACAGUGUGUAUUUAACCUAUAUAAGACAUGAUGAUAGUAAGCAGGUUUACAAAUGCAUAAGCCAUACAGUUAGCUUUGCACAUUUGGUGCAUUAAAUAUGUUUUAUGAUACACUGUUGUAUUUAUAAGUAAUCUUGAACAGAAAUUAGUAUUACCUUAUGUAGUAAUUGGACACAGUACUGUAGAACAAAUGCUUAGUUUACAUACAGUAGAUAGACAGAUCCACUUUAUGUAAGGGAUAAUGACCAGUCGGCUGGUCAUAGUCACUUAUCAGGACCCCAAAGGCUUAUUACAGAGCUACUUACCAAAUAACUAAAUAAAUUGACAAAAAAUAUUGAUUUGAGUUGCAUUAAAAAAUUACAUUGCAUUUCAGUCUCAGAUGCUCACAGAAUUACUUUGCAACUACAUAAAAACGCAUGUUAGACCAACAAUAUUCCUCCAAAUGUUGUCCCAACCAGCCUAACAGAGUUGUCUGAACGAACAGUUUCACAUUGAACAGUGUUGCUGAUUUGUGAGUUCCCAGCAUGCAUUGCAACAUGAAUAAAUCAUGCGGUUAGUCAGUGUUAUAGGCUUAUUUUUUCUGUUUGCUGACUUUAUGUUAUUGCUGUUUUUUGUUGCAACUGUUAAUUAAUUGUGGUGAUGUCUAGAGCUCAUCUUUUAGCUUAAUGAGGUUUGUUGAUUGUCACUGUUAUUGAGGUUUGUGUGUUAAGAGUUGAGGUCUAUUGUGUGUCUACAUCAAACAAAACAAGAAUUUUUGCAUUUAGUGAUCAAAAAAAUUCAAAUUGACUAAGCAAUGCAAUGUUUAUGAGGACAAUUGUUAAGACAUUGUACUGCAUGAAGAUGCCUUGAUAUUUUUUUUUUACUUGGCUCAACAAUUACUUUAUAUAUAUAUAUAUAUAUAUAUAUAUAGUUAUUAUAUUAGAAGAAAGAGACCGUAAUACUAGAAACAUGAAACUAGAACUUUGUUGGAAAUUGGUUGCCUAGGAAAACAUUCAAUUAUACAGUUUAGCGGACAUUAUACAAAAAAUAUAUUUAAAAUAUGGGGUGACAUAACUUCAUAUAGAAAUGCCUAAAUAGAUAGAAAAGAAUGUAGAAAUGUCCUAAAUACAACAUUUUGAGUCAGUGUGAGUCAGAUUUGUGACUUGAAUAUCUGCAUUGUUAAAAAAUAUUCUAAGACACACCAGGGUGAAUCUUAUGACAACAACAUCAAAAUAAAUUUUGCAUAAAGGAAAUAAAUGCCUUUAGUUUGGACCAUUUUUUUUUGUUUGUUUCAUUCUAAAUUAAUUGUGAUAGUUGAGAUCAUUCAGAUUUGUUUAACAGCAUGAAGG